CCUCUCGCGCGCCCCUCCCGCCGCACUGCCUCGCAGUCGCCGCCGCCGGCGAGUCUCGGCGCUGCCCUGCUGUUUUGUGGAGCCGUGAUCUGCAGUACCUCAGAAAAACAGAAGAGGAAGGCAAAGGUUUUUUUUUUUCUUAGAUAUAUUGACUGAAGUUUAAUGAGAAGAAUUGUGACCAACUAGGAGAAUUUUCGGCAAGGAAUGGAAUUAGCUCAUAACUUAUUGCUGAAUGAAGAAGUGUACAAUCAACUAGGUGAAGUUCAGAAGGCAGAGUUUAUUUUUGACUGGUUGAGCUAUUUGGAGAAGCUCUUGCUGGCAACCAGCAGGAGUGAUGUGAAGGAGAAACAGAAGACUCUUGUUGAACAGCUCCUAUCUUUGUUGAAUAGCUCCCCAGGGCCCCCUACCCGCAAACUCCUUGCUAAAAAUCUAGGUGUUCUUUAUAGUAUUGGUGACACAUUCUCUGUUUACGAGACAAUCGAUAAAUGUAAUGAUCUUAUUCGUAGCAAAGAUGAUUCUCCAAGUUAUCUUCCCACAAAACUUGCUGCUGUGGUAUGUUUGGGUUCCUUGUACAGGAAGUUGGGUAGAGUACUGGUUAACACCUUUACUGAUACAGUGGGGAAUAUUCUUAAAGCUAUGAAGAGUGCAGAGUCUCAAGGUCGAUAUGAGAUUAUGCUUAGUCUGCAAAAUAUAUUGAAUGGACUAGGAGCUGCUGCUACACCUUGCCACAGGGAUGUUUAUAAAGCUGCUAAAUCCUGCUUAACAGAUAGAUCCAUGGCUGUUCGUUGUGCUGCUGCAAAGUGUCUCCUUGAACUUCAGAAAGAGGCCAUCUUUAUGUGGAGUACAGACUUGGAUAGUGUGGCAACACUAUGUUUUAAGUCCUUUGAAGGUUCCAAUUAUGAUGUGCGGAUUUCUGUUUCAAAGCUACUAGGCACAGUGUUGGCUAAAGCUAUAAUUUCUAAACAUCCAGGAUCAGCAGUCUCACGUCAGAGCAUUCGCAGAUUAUCUCUGGAGGAAGUUCUGGAAUUACUAGGAACAGGGUUUCUACGUGGAAGUUCAGGAUUUCUUCGAGCCAGUGGAGAUAUGCUGAAAGGAACCAGUUCAGUCAGUAGGGAUGUUCGAGUUGGAGUUACUCAGGCUUACGUGGUAUUUGUUUCAACAUUAGGAGGAACAUGGCUAGAGAAGAAUUUCGCUGCCUUUCUUUCUCAUGUCCUAAGCCUUGUGUCACAGUCGCACCCUAAAGCCACCCAGACUCAGACUGAUGCUGUCUGCGGUCGUCGUUGUGUUUCAUUUAUCCUUCGAGCUGCUAUAGGAGGUCUUCUUGGAGAAAAGGCUCAAAUUGCUGCUGCCAAGGACAUUUGCCAGGCUAUCUGGAAGUUAAAGAAAGUUGUGGAUGCUGUAAUGAAUGAGGGUAAUGUGGAAACCCGGGUUGGCUCCACAGAUGUAAUGGCCAGCCAGCAUAUGCUGGUGUGUGCUUUACAAGAACUUGGAAAUCUCAUAUACAGUCUUGGCACCACAGCUGCACCUUUACUGCAGGAUUCAAGUGCAGGUCUUCUUGACAGUGUCAUUUCAGUUAUUCAGCACCCUAGCAUUGCUGUUCGACUAGCAGCAGCUUGGUGUUUACACUGCAUUGCUGUGGCAUUACCUUCUUACCUAACACCUCUUUUAGACCGUUGCCUGGAACGGCUUACUGUACUUAAGUCUUCACCUGAAGCAGUGACUGGCUUUAGUUUUGCCGUGGCAGCUUUGUUGGGAGCAGUGAAACACUGUCCUUUAGGAAUUCCUCACGGAAAGGGCAAGAUUAUUAUGACAUUAGCAGAGGAUUUGCUGUGUUCAGCUGUACAAAACAGUCGUCUUUCAGCUCAGCGCACACAAUCUGGAUGGCUGUUGAUUGCUGCUCUGAUGACAUUAGGUCCUGCAGUUGUCAGUCAUCACCUUGCUCGACUUCUCCUAUUGUGGAAGUGUGUCUUUCCAUUGUCUCCUAAAGAUCUAGAAACAGAAAAGAGCCGAGGAGAUUCAUUUACAUGGCAGGUAACCCUGGAAGGACGAGCUGGUGCACUCUGUGCUAUCAAGAGUUUUGUUUCCCACUGUGGUGAUCUCCUUACUGAGGAAGUAAUUCAGCGUCUUCUUCCACCACUUCCUUGUGCUGUGGAUUUGCUAAUUCAGCUUUCUUCAGUGCUAAGAACAUAUGGAAGCACUUUGAAAACACCAUCAGUAGUUUAUAAACAAAGGCUUUAUGAAUUACUGAUUUUAUUACCUCCUGAAACCUAUGAAGGAAAUCUUUGUGCUCUCCUCAAAGAGCUGGCUGCUGACUUGACUGCCUCUGAUAUACAGGUGGCAGCAUCUGCAUUUUUACUUCCACCCCUCUGUCAUCAGGAUGAUCUUGUGAUAUUAAGUCCUUUGCUACAAGAGACUGACCAUAGAUUUAUUGAAGAGCAGCUCCUGCUUGGUAAUGGUAUUGCUUGUGGCAGCUUGGAGUAUGACCCCUAUUCUAUUUAUGAGAAAGAUGUAGCGGGAAAUUCAGUGCCUAAGCCCUUACCUCCAGUACUAUCAGUUAUUAGCUCUGCAGUCAAGCUCUUUGGAGUUGUAUGUGCUCAUGUGGGAGAAGCUCAAAGGCUUUUUAUACUGGAACAGUUUUUGGACAGUAUAAAGCACACAAAAGGAGCUCGUCAACAAAUAGUUCAGUUACAUGUUGUUUCUUCACUCUCUAGUUUCUUGAAGUAUUUAGCUGGCUCCAAGGGACAUUUGGGUCCAGAGGAAAUGAGAAGACCUGUCCUAGCGUUGGUGAUGGGAGCCCUAGAAAGUCCCAACCCCCUCUUGAGAUGUGCAGCUGCAGAGGCAUGGGCCAGAUUAGCCCAAGUGGUUGAUGAUGGAGCUUUUACUGCUGCAUUAGCUCAAGUUAGCUUUGACAAACUGAAAUCGGCAAGGGAUGUGGUUACCAGAACAGGAUACUCAUUGGCUUUGGGAUCUCUACAUAGAUAUUUAGGAGGAAUAAGUUCUUCUCAACAUUUGAAUUCUUGUGUUGGAAUCCUUUUUACUUUGUCUCAGGACAGUACUUCUCCUGAUGUUCAGACCUGGGCACUACACUCACUAUCAUUGAUAAUUGAUUCUGCUGGCCCACUCUAUAAUAUGCAUGUGGAACCCACCCUUUCUCUUAUUAUAAUGUUAUUAUUAAAUGUGCCUCCUACUCAUGCUGAAGUUCACCAAAGUCUUGGUCGCUGUUUGAAUGCCCUUAUUACUACAUUGGGUCCGGAGUUACAGGGUAAUAGUACUUCCAUUUCCACCUUAAGGACUUCAUGUCUUCUGGGUUGUGCAGUGAUGCAAGAUAACCCAGACUGCCUUGUUCAAGCUCAGGCCAUUUCUUGCCUUCAGCAGCUUCAUAUGUUUGCUCCAAGACAUGUCAACCUGUCUAGCUUGGUCAGCUGCCUCUGUGUGAAUCUUUGUAGUCCCUAUUUGUUAUUGAGAAGAGCUGUACUGGCUUGUUUACGUCAGCUUGUACAGAGAGAAGCAGCUGAAGUUUCAGAACAUGCUGUUAUGCUUGCUAAGGAUAGCAGAGAAGAGUUGACUCCAGAUGCUAACAUCAGAGAAGUGGGCCUUGAAGGGGCAUUAUUGACCUUACUAGAUAAAGAGACAGAUCAGAAGUUAUGUCAUGAUAUCAAAGAGACUUUAAAUCAUAUGCUUACAUCUAUGGCAGUGGAUAAGCUCUCCUUCUGGUUAAAACUUUGUAAAGAUGUACUUGCUGCAUCAGCUGAUUUUACAACUGUAACUUGUGUGGAUACAAUGCAAGAAGAAGAAGGAGAUAAAGGGGAUGAUGCCUCAGUUCUGACCACCAGAAAUGAUGACAAAUCAUAUCCAUUUACCAAUCCCCGUUGGGCUACUAGAGUCUUUGCUGCCGAAUGUGUCUGUAGGAUAAUUAACCAGUGUGAGAAUGCACACAGUGCACAUUUUGACAUUGCUUUAGCACAAGAAAUGAGAAAAAGGGAUUCAAGAAAUGACUUUUUGGUGCUACAUCUUGCCGACUUAAUUCGCAUGGCCUUUAUGGCUGCCACGGAUCACAGUGACCAGCUCCGUCUUUCUGGCCUUGAAACACUGUUAGUUGUUAUUCGGCGAUUUGCAUCUAUUCCAGAACCAGAGUUUCCAGGUCAUGUGAUUCUGGAACAGUAUCAAGCCAAUGUAGGAGCGGCACUUAGGCCAGCCUUCACUUCAGAGACGCCACCUGAUGUCACUGCCAAAGCAUGUCAGGUUUGCAGUGCUUGGAUAGCAAGUGGAGUUGUCAGUGACCUUAAUGAUCUCCGGAGAGUCCAUCAGUUGCUUGUUUCAUCAUUAACAAAAAUACAGGCUGGAAAAGAGGCUCUGAGUCACUUAUAUAAUGAAAGUGCUUCUACUAUGGAGAUCUUAGCCGUGCUGAAAGCCUGGGCAGAGGUCUACAUAAUUGCUGUAGAAAGACAUAAAAGCCACAGACAAGCUUUGAAGACUACCACUUAUUCAGAAGACUGUGUCAGAAAUGAGUCAUACUCGUCAGAUGGACUGCUUGACUUAGUCCACGCAGACCUGGGCACACUGAGUAGGCUCUGGCUCGCUGCACUUCAGGAUUUUGCUCUCUUAACGUUGCCUUCAGAAUUUGCUUCCCAACUUCCUGUUGAAGGUGGUGCUUUCUACACAUCAGAGACUAGUGAAAAUGCAAAAUUGCAUUAUUACAACUCCUGGGCGCUUAUCUUGCAUGCUACAGCAUUGUGGCUUACUAGCACAGGCUUUGUUGUUGCUGACCCGGAUGAAGGAGCAUCUCAUCUCUCAAGACCUGUAACACCAACUUCCAUGUGUCAAGGUUCAUCAUCUGGGGCAACGGUAAAGUCCCCUGAGGAUGUCUGCACUGAUAGAUUCCAUCUUAUUUUAGGAAUCAGCGUGGAAUUUCUAUGUUCCUUACGCUCAGAUGCAACCAUGGAAAGCAUUACUGCUUGUUUACAUGCAUUACAGGCCCUUCUAGAUGUUCCUUGGCCCAGAUCUAAAAUUGGCAGUGAUCAGGACUUGGGCAUCGAGUUGUUGAAUGUACUACAUCGAGUAAUUUUGACCCGAGAAUCACCUUCUAUUCAGUUGGCUUCACUUGAAGUGGUAAGACAGAUUAUCUGUGCAGCUCAGGAACAUGUCAAGGAGAAAAGACGAAGUGCAGAAGUUGAUGAUGGGGCUGCGGAAAAGGAAACCCUGCCAGAGUUUGGAGAGGGAAAGGACACAGGAGGACUUGUGCCUGGGAAGUCUUUGGUUUUUGCAACACUGGAAUUGUGUGUAUGCAUUCUAGUUAGACAGCUUCCAGAACUAAAUCCAAAAUUGACAGGUAGCCCAGGAGUAAGAGCUGCAAAGCCACAGGUGCUCUCGGAAGAUGGAAGUAGAUUGGUGUCAGCUGCAUUAGUUAUCCUGUCCGAACUUCCUGCGGUGUGCUCUCCUGAAGGAAGCAUCUCAAUUCUCCCUACUGUAUUGUACCUCACAAUUGGGGUCCUCAGAGAAACUGCUGUGAAGUUACCUGGGGGCCAGUUAUCUUCAACUGUUGCAGCUUCCCUACAGGCUCUGAAAGGAAUAUUGUCUUCUCCCAUGGCCAGAGCAGAAAAGAGUCACACUGCUUGGACUGACCUCCUCCGUAGUGCUUUAACAACAAUACUUGACUGUUGGGAUCCAGAUCAUUUCUCUUUAGUAGAUGGAACACAUCAAGAACUUGAUGAAAUCAGUCUACUUACUGCUAUCACAGUAUUUAUUUUGUCUACCAGUCCAGAAGUUACUACCAUCCCAUGCCUUCAGAAGCGCUGUAUUGAGAAAUUUAAGGCUACUCUUCAGAUAAAAGAUCCUGUGGUACAAAUCAAGACCUAUCAACUCCUGCUUUCCGUUUUUCAGUAUCCAAAUCCAGCUGUUUCCUAUCCAUACAUUUACUCUUUAGUAUCCUCUAUUGUGGAAAAACUGCAGGAAAUAGACCAGAGAAAGCCUGAAGACACUACUGAGCUUCAGAUCUUUCAAGAAGGUGUAAGGGUCUUGGAAGCACUGGUAGCCAUUGCCGAAGAACAGCACCGUUCUCAGCUGGUGGCCUGUCUUCUGCCCAUCCUCAUUUCCUUCCUUUUGGAUGAUAAGGCUCUGGGAUCAGCAACUGCUGUAAUGAAAAAUUUACAUGACUUUGCUUUGCAAAAUCUCAUGCAGAUUGGGCCUCAGUAUUCAUCAGUUUUUAAAAAUGUAAUGGCUUCUUCUCCAGCCCUGAAAGCCCGUCUUGAGGCUGCUAUCAAGGGCAAUCAGGAAAAUGUCAAAGUCAAGAUAUCGACAUCUAAACAUACUAAGAACCCUGGAAAGAAUGCAAGCAUCCAAUUAAAGACCAAUUUCCUCUGAUUCCUCUGUUUUAAUAGUAAGCACCUUAAUAAAAUACUUGAUUAUUUCCUUCUCUUUGGGGACAAAAGUGACAUUUUAGACACAAGUGCACUUGGAGGUCUGGUUGAUUGUCUUAAACAGCUGUGACUUUUCAAAGUAAUAUCAAACUUAACAUUUUUUAUGGGGUGUUGUUUUUUUUUUCUAAUUUAAUAAAAUCACAGAGCUCUUGCCAGGAAUUUCAAGAAAGUGCUAAAAAAUUGAAGUUACUUAACAAUCUAGGAGCUUACUUAAAAUCCAGUCUGCUUUAGAAAUGAAAUGGCUUUCUUCUGACAGUCCAUACACACAUGGUGUACUUAAUACUUUGAUAGAUAGAGAUUGAUUCUAAAUUAUCUUCAUUUAUAUUGUAUCCUAAUUGCUAAUUUAAGAUUCUGCCUUAUUAAGUAAUUAUAUUAAACUUUCUUGUAUUUCUCAGACAACAUAAUGAUUGGAAAGAUAUUUCGGAAGUUGGUUUAGAAUUAUCCAAUAAAUAGUAGUACAAGUUAAUUAUAGCUCUACAGUGUGACCUCAGAACUGGUGUCUAUAAAUAUGGCUUUUCACCACCUUUUGUUUUGUUUUGUAUUGGGUUCACAAAAUGGAAAUUUUACUUAUUUUAAAUAGAAUAGGACAUUUCCACUUCAGUUUCUCACGUGGAUUUUCUGUUACCUCUACUCCUGGUAAUUUUGUUUUCAUUUAUGACAGACAUCCAUACUAAUGAGUUUUAAUUCAUAUUUAUAUUCAGGUCAGCUAUGGAUUUAUAUUAAACAACAUAUUUAGAUCAUCACCAAAUGCAAGUAUGUUUUUUUAUUGUGAAACAUAUUUUAAUACAGAAAAAAUCUAAUGAUAGAGUCAUAUUGGUUGAAAAAUAUUUUUUAACUGUUGGUAAUCACUGACUCUCCUUCCACUUCAGUGUUAAAUGUAUUAAUCAAGCACUAUGUCACAACAAAGCAUUUCCCUGUUAAAAAAUUAAAAACUGGAGUGAUAGAAGCAUGUUCCGAACUGAGAAAACACUUUGAGUCAAGCAGGAACAAUGUGAUAUACUCUAUUUUAUUAUGUUUGUAUAUAAAUACUCUUGUAAAUUGUUCAAAAUGAAAACACUUGACAAAUCUAAUACUACAAUCAAUUUUUUAAUUUACAUAAAUAAAGCUAAUUUUCUUUAUCAUUCUUGUAUUUGAGAUUAUUUUGCCCACAAAAGAUGGCUGGUUAGUCUCACAGAUUCUAGAAAAUCAAUGUUGUGGAGCAAAUAACAUACCUUCUUUGUAACUUGGCAUUUUUCUCAGAUGAGCCCUUUCUUUGGAGC